CCCUCCCCGGCGUCUAUCUUCUUCGCGUUCUUCUUUCACUUUUCAAAUUUCAAUCAAUAAUGGCCGUCCAAAUCGAAAUCGUUUCUAAAGCAAUAAUCAAACCCUCUUCCCCAACGCCGGAGCAUCUCCGCCGUUACAGUUUAUCCUUCCUCGACCAAGUCACCGUCGAUGUCUACAACCCAAUGGUCUAUUUCUACCCCGCUGGCGGCUCUGCCACCCCCGCAGAAAUCUCCGACCACCUGAAAAAAUCCCUCUCCCAUGUCUUGACCCAUUACUACCCUCUCGCUGGUAAAGUAAACUACGACGAGUUUUUCGUAGACUGCAACGACGACGGUGUCCCUUUCAUUGAAACCAAAAUCAACUGCCGAAUGUCCGGUGUAAUGAACACGCCGUUUCCUUCUGAAUUAAACAAAUUUCUUCCGUUCGAAUUGGACCAGCUUGACGAAGUCUCAAUGGGGGUUCAGUUGAAUGUGUUCGAAUGCGGCGGCGUUGCUGUUGGGAUCUGUGUUUCUCAUAAGAUUAGCGAUGCUCUGUCUUUGUUCAUUGUGGUUAAUGAGUGGGCGGCAUAUUGCCGGGGGGAGAAGGAGGUGGUGCGGGCUCAUUUGUCCUCGGCGGAGCUAUUUCCGCCGACGAAGACCGGGCUUUACAACACGAGGACGAGUAUUUUUAGACAAAGAGUGGCGAGACGGUAUGAAAUUGAUGGUGGGAAUGUUGAAAGUAUUAGAGCUAAAUAUGCAGAGUGCUCUGCCAUGGAAAGCCAAAGGCGGCCUACGAGAGUUGAAGCCUUGUCUGCCUUCAUCUAUGGUCGUUUUAUUGCCGCCAUUAAAGCCGUAGUUUCUAGUUCAGAGUUGGAGAAUGGAAGGUCCACGGAAUUGGAGAAGAACAUAUUCCUAGUAUGUCACUCUGUAAACAUACGAUCAAGGCUCGACCCGCCGGUUGUGGAUUACGCAUUUGGAAACUAUUAUCGAACCACGUUUGCAGUUCCCGCUGAGAAUAUUCUCAAUGACACUUACUGUUACGAUCUUGUGAAGCAGGCAAGGGAUGAAAUUGGGAAGAUCGACAAAGAAUAUCUAAAAAGGCUUCAACAAGGUUCGAAAUUUCUCGACUCCAUGAAGAAGACGGCCGCACAAUUCUCUACCGGUGAACUUAUCUCUUGCUCCUUCACUAGCCUCUGUCGGAUGCCUAUUUAUGAUGCUGAUUUUGGGUGGGGCAAACCCGCUUGGAUCGGCUCCCCAGCAUUGAUGUUCAAGAAUCUCUUUGUCUUCAUUGACAAAAAAGAUGGUGAUGGAGUUGAUAUUUAUGUUCAUCUCAAGCAAGAGCACAUGAAUAAGUUUGAAAUGGACGAAGAGUUCCUCAAGUAUGCCAAGUUGCCUUCUAAUUAAUAAUUUCAUUGAGUAUUAACUCUUGUAUAUUUGGGUGUUGUGUAUGGAUUUGAAUUUGUAACUUUAAUGUAUUGGAAUAAUGUCAUGUUAUAUGCUAUUUUAAUUCUUGAUUUAGUUUGUCCAUUGAAACAAAAUUUAAAAACCCAAUAAAAAUAUGAUUCGAUU